GCCCUUCCGACUCUACAAGGGCCGUCGUUCAUCAUCCUCGCGCGUCUGUUCCGUCUGGCGCAAUUUCCUUUGAUUCACAGUGUCCGUAGGAAGGGUGCUCUUACAAUUCCAGUGAAGUCCGGAUAUUGACAUUGCGACGGCCCAUGGAGCCUGCACCGAGAAUUAUCUGAAUCGCGAUAAUUUUGUCUUUUACUCCUACAAUUUCUUUUUAUACAUCUCUAUUCUUUAUCCACCUUCCUUUCCCCUUCAGUUAGCCAUCAUGGGUGUUCCAGCGCUAUUCCGUUGGCUCUCCAACAAAUACCCGAAAAUCAUCUCGCCCGUCAUUGAGGAGCAACCCUACGAAAUCAAUGGGGAACAGAUUCCAGUCGACGCCACGCGCCCAAAUCCAAAUGGUGAGGAGAUGGAUAAUUUAUACUUGGACAUGAAUGGUAUUGUCCAUCCAUGUACUCAUCCGGAGGGAAAACCUCCACCGGCGAACGAGCAGGAGAUGAUGUUGGAGGUCUUCAAAUACACCGAUCGAGUUGUAAACAUGGUUCGCCCCAGGAAGGUUCUGAUGAUUGCCGUCGAUGGUGUUGCACCACGAGCAAAGAUGAACCAACAGCGCGCACGUCGUUUCCGCUCUGCUCAGGAGGCCAGAGAGACCGAUGAGAAGAAGGAAGAAUUCCGGAAACAGUUCCUCAAGAAGAGCAAAGGAGAUCUAGAGGUUCAGGAAGAAGUCAUACAGAAAACGUGGGACAGCAACGUCAUUACCCCCGGAACGCCUUUUAUGGACAUUCUUGCUGCGUCUUUGCGCUACUGGAUUGCUUACAAGCUCAACACAGACCCAGCUUGGGAAAAGCUUAAAAUCAUUAUUUCCGAUGCAACGGUGCCGGGAGAAGGAGAACACAAAAUCAUGGAAUUCGUCCGGUCGCAGCGAGCUGACCCAGAGCACGAUCCGAAUACUCGUCACGUUAUCUAUGGCCUGGACGCCGAUUUGAUCAUGUUGGGUCUCGCAACCCACGAGCCUUAUUUUAGAGUUCUUCGAGAAGACGUGUUCUUUCAGGAGUCGAAAGCUCGGACAUGCCAUCUGUGCGGUCAAACAGGUCAUAAAGCUGAAGAAUGCAGAGGUCAAGCAAAGGAGAAGAAUGGGCAAUUUGAUGAAAAGGGUAAAGGUUCAUCGCUCAAGCCAUUUAUUUGGCUUAAUGUUUCCAUUCUCCGAGAAUAUCUUGCUGUCGAGCUGUAUGUUCCACAUCAACCCUUUCCCUUCGACCUAGAACGGGCGUUGGAUGAUUGGGUCUUCAUGUGCUUCUUCGUAGGAAAUGAUUUCCUGCCGCACUUGCCCUCUUUAGACAUCCGUGAGAACGGUAUCGAUACAUUGAUAGCAAUUUGGCGGGAUAAUAUCCCUGUCAUGGGAGGAUACCUAACAAAGGAUGGUCACGUUGAUUUCAAAAACGCCCAAUUGAUCUUGCAAGGCCUUGCCAAACAAGAAGAUGCCAUCUUCCGCCGUCGUAGGCAAGUUGAGGAAAGAAAGGCUGCAAAUGAGAAGAGGCGCAAGGAAGAGGCUCAGGCACGAGAGGAACGUGCCAGGAAACGCCGACGAAGCUCGCCUAAUUACGAAGGCGCUGAGCCUCCUGCAAGCAACCGAGCCCGGGGUGGCGGCGGCGACGCAGCGCCGCCAAAUGAUCUGGAAUUGAUCACACCCGGUCGAGGAAACCUAUCACGGGAAACGCGAGAGCUAACUCACAGCAUGGUGGUAAACCGUGGAGCCGUCUAUCGGGCUAAUAUGGCUAACAAGAGCGCUGCUGCCAUCUUGAAGAGCAAACUCAUGAAAGGUUCAGAAGAUGGUGAUGCCGCGGAAGAAUCCAGUCCUAUACCAGAUGCAGACGGACCUUCGGACAACAAGUUAGAACCAACAUCGCCAUCCGUUCUUGGCAAAAGAAAACCAGAUGAGCCAGAGGGCGAGACGGAAACACCGGGCAACGACACGGAGUCUACUCCUAAACCACCCAAGAACGAUGAGAUGCCUCCUGAUACUGUCCGCCUUUGGGAGGAAGGCUAUGCUGAUCGUUAUUACGAGCAAAAGUUUGGCGUCGAUCCUCAAGACAUAGAGUUCCGUCAUAAGGUAGCGCGAGCGUACGCUGAAGGCCUUGCGUGGGUCCUUGAAUAUUAUUUCCAAGGUUGCCCGUCAUGGACCUGGUACUAUCCUUAUCAUUAUGCACCAUUUGCGGCUGACUUUGUGGAUAUUGGAGAUAUGGAGCUAUCGUUUGAAAAAGGAACACCCUUCAAGCCAUUUGAACAGCUCAUGGGAGUCCUUCCAGCUUCAUCAAACCACGCUAUUCCCGAAGUGUUCCACAGUCUCAUGCAGGAUCCCAAUAGUGAGAUUAUCGAUUUCUACCCAGAAGAUUUUGCUGUGGAUUUGAACGGCAAAAAGUUCGCUUGGCAGGGUGUCAUUCUGCUACCGUUUAUCGAUGAGAAGAGACUUCUGGCCGCCAUGGAAAAGAAAUACCCUCUGCUUUCCGACGAAGAGAAAGCUCGCAAUACUGUGGGCCGAGACGUGUUGCUACUAUCAGACGGUCAUCCACUAUACCAAGACCUAGUCGCCAAUUUCUAUUCCAAGAAGCAAGGUGCUCCAAAGUACAAGUUAAAUAUGCGUAUAAGCGAAGGGUUAGCGGGUAAAGUCGAACGCAACGAGACAUAUAUCCCCCACAGUUCGUUGGUAUCUUCACUCGAAGAGUACGGCAUGCCUACUUUGGACGAUGACCGGUCCUUAACGGUCAAUUACGAGAUCCCCAAGUCAUCUCACAUUCACAAGUCUAUGUUGCUUCGAGGCGUCAAAUUCCCUCCCCCCGCGUUAGACAAUGCAGACAUCCAGGCGACCAGAUCUAAGGCUCAGCACUCGGGCCGUUCCUUCGGGGGCGCACCACUUCGCAAUGGCCAUGGAAAUAGAGGCGGUCGGAUAAAUUACGCAGGCGACCGACCCAAUCCGUUUGCCGCACAUCUUGAUCCCAGCUUCAUGCCUCUGGGUAAUACAGGCAACCAAAUGCCUUCUGGUUGGAUUCCCCCAGCACCAGGGUCUGGGAAUUUCUCCAGGGGUCCUCCGCCUCCACCACAUGGAGGAGCGUCUCAUCAACAGCGGAAUAAUUAUGGUUCAGGAUACCCCCAGCCACAAGGCUAUCAACAGGCGAACUAUGGCCGAGGAGACUACUAUGGGCGAGGUCAGCAGGGGCAUCAGCACCAGGGAUUCCAUGGCAGCCAGCCUGGUCAAUAUAGCGGGCGAUCGUCCGGCUACGGGGGGCAGGAGCAUCGGGGCGGAGGCCAUCAACGAGGAGGAUACCAAGGCCAUGGUCAAGGCCGGGACUACUACUCUUCUCGGAAUCAGGGGGGAUAUGGUCGGUAUUAAACCCGCCUUCUCUAGUUAGAUGCUUCUUGGCAAUUUUUGUAUACCUUUCGUGUACGUUUUGUUCUUGUAUCUUUUGAUAUCGUUAAAGGAGUUACACUGGAUACCAGCAAGGGAAAUAUGUGAAAAGCGUCUCGAAAGAGAGAGGGAAAAAAACAAAGUCAACAGAAAGAAUAAAACAUGGGCUCAGAAAAGCUAUGUGAUGACAUUUGGAACUACAAAUCGUAGAGCAAUCGAAUAUGGUAUGAUCGAUGUAUGCAGGAUAUAUACCCAAAG